AAACUUUGUAUAGAAAAAAAAGAAAAAAAGAACGAGUCUAAAAGAAGUGAUGCAAUACCAAAACGCAAAAAGAUGCCGAAAAUUAGAGAAGAUGUAACUUUAACCAGAGCAUGGGUAGAAGAUCGCCAUAUACUACCUAUAGGAAGUCGAAUGUUAUAUGAAAAACAGGAACAACCAGUAGUGAAGAUAGAUGCAGUAUCUAAUAAAUUAAAGGCGUCGUUGAAAACACUGGAAAAAGUUAUGGCCCAAGCUAAUUCAAUGAUAGAAAAUAUGAUAAAAGUCUUCUUUGCGAAUCUCGAAAAAGAGAGAGUAAAACUUAAAUAAUCUUUUUAGAGACAAGCAAUAAAAAUACGCAAAGUUCAGUAAAAAACAGGACACAAACGGUUAAAGAAUUAGAAGUAGAGUUUAAAAAGAGAAAGUUAGAUGAAACAACAGUCUGUUCAGCCGAAAAAGAUAGAAGUUUAGAGACAAUUAAAAAAACUUUAGAAGUGGAAUUAAACAAUCAAAGGUUGCAUAUUAAAAGAGAAUAUAAGAUGACGCAAAAAUCCAACUUUGAUCUUUGGAUGGAUUAUUUAAAAUCCGAGUUAAUGAAUAACGAUUUGUUAGAUGUAAUAGAUUCAAACAUUGAAAAUCCAGAAAAUCUUUCUGAAUUAAAAGUUGCUAAGAGAAAAAGUCUACUUAGAGAUAUAAUAAAUUAAUCAUUUAGAUAAAAAUUAUCAUAAAAAGAUCUUACAUGAAAAAGAUCCGAAAGAAAUUUUAAAGAAACUAAGAGGAUAUAAAAAGAGUAAAAUAAAUGUUACUCAUGCAUCGGUACGAGCUAGACUUUAUCAAAUCAAAAUGAGAAAAGAUGAAAAAGUAAGUGAUUUUUGCGAACGCUUUGAUUCAAUAAUUAGAGAAUAUGAAUCAUGUGAAGAUGCGGUAACUCUCUCACAGAACAAGAGAUUAGAUCUGCAUUUUAUCAGGCUGUGUCAAUUAAUGUACCAGAGCUGAGGAAUGUAGAUUUGAUUAAAAGACAAACUAAUCUUAAAGAAAUAAACAUAGAUAAAAUAAAAUCUUUUAUGAUGCAGUUAGAGGCAGAGACUAAAAGUAAGAUUGAAGAGAAAACAGAGAAACCUGAAAUUAAAGUACAGAGGGCUGCCGCAGAAGAAAAUACUAGACAGAUGAAGUGCUACAGAUGCAACCGAAUAGGUCAUAUGGCAAAGGACUGCCCACUAGCGGAGUCAGAGGCCUGGUUCUGUUAUUACUGUCAGGAGAUACGAGGUCACAAGAGUAAUAGUUGUCCGAAUGCUGGAACCCAGGCGAAUAGAUUUAGAGGAAAAAGGUAUUUAAAUAAAACCGUUAAUAAAAAGGGUAAAUUUGAUCAAAAAGGCACUAAGAGAGUAAAUAAUAAAGGGAAAAUAACCAAGAUACAAAACGUCAAGAAACCUAUACCAACGAAAACAGCAGAUGAAGGAGAAUCAAAAAAAGAUAAAGAGGAAACUUAGAAAGGGACCAUGGAUCGCUCGCACAAAGGAAGGGAGUAUUGUGAAAAAAGCUUUGAACGAGCAGUGAGCUCCCGCCCUUCCAGAGGGCAGCUUCCGGUUGGUGGCGUGGCGCGAAGCGCCACGUGUGCGUGCGGGCAUCUUGGGUGCUCAGAAGAGUCUCGAUCACGGUCGUGUUCAGACGUCGAUUACGGUUUAAGAUACAAAGUGUGAUAUAGAAUAAAGAGUGUACUCAGAGUGUUGAAA